CUGAGUGUGCGCUGUUCUUCCAGCUGUGACAUGGCAAAGAGGUUGCUGCGUGCGCUCCUCUCGGCAGCCUCAUCCUAAAGCCACCGACGCUCCCCGGUACGCAGCACCGGAGCACGAUGGCGCCGAGGAUGCUGCUCUGGCUCUUACUGAGCGCGGUGUCGGGACUCAAGGCGGAGGACGGCGGAAUGGUGGAGGAACUUGUAACCGAGAAGGAGGCAGAGGAAAGUCACCGACAGGACAGCGUCAAUUUGCUGACAUUCAUCUCGCUGCUGACGCUCACCAUUCUCACCAUUUGGCUGUUCAAGCACAGACGGGUUCGCUUCCUGCACGAAACCGGGCUGGCAAUGAUUUACGGUUUGCUGGUCGGUGUGAUCCUGCGUUACGGCAUUCCUGCCACCAGCUACCACAACAAGACUCCUACGAAAUGCUCGCUGAAGCAAGGACCUUCCAGCACCCUGCUGCUUAAUGUCAGUGGCAAGUUCUUCGAGUACACAUACAAAGGGGAGAUCAACAUCCGAGAGAUUCACAACGUGGAGCAGAAUGACAUGCUGCGCCAGGUGACCUUUGACCCCGAGGUUUUCUUUAACAUCUUGCUCCCUCCGAUUAUUUUCCACGCUGGGUACAGUCUGAAGAAGAGACACUUCUUCAGGAAUCUGGGCUCCAUCAUUACCUAUGCCUUUCUCGGCACUGCAAUCUCAUGCUUUGUUAUUGGGAAUCUGAUGUACGGCGUGGUGAAGCUGAUGAGGGCGGUCGGACAGCUGACUGAUAAGUUCUACUACACUGACUGCCUUUUCUUUGGGGCCAUAAUCUCGGCCACGGACCCAGUGACUGUAUUGGCCAUAUUCAAUGAGCUCCAUGCCGAUGGGGAUCUCUAUGCUCUGCUGUUCGGAGAGAGUGUUAUGAACGAUGCUGUGGCCAUUGUGCUGUCCUCCUCCAUCAUGGCCUACCAACCCGCUGGUGCAAAUACACACAUGUUUGAUGCCUCUGCCUUUUUUAAAUCGGUGGGAAUUUUCCUGGGGAUUUUCAGCGGCUCCUUUGUGAUGGGGGCAGCCACGGGUGUCUUCACGGCUCUCGUCACCAAGUUCACCAAGUUGCACUGCUUCCCUCUGCUGGAGACGGCCCUCUUCUUCCUCAUGUCCUGGAGCACCUUCCUGCUAGCGGAGGCCUGCGGGUUCACCGGUGUCGUGGCCGUGCUGUUCUGCGGCAUCACGCAGGCUCACUACACGUACAACAAUCUCUCUGAGGAGUCCACAAAACGCACCAAGCAGCUCUUUGAGGUUCUUCACUUCCUGGCUGAGAAUUUCAUCUUCUCAUACAUGGGCUUGGCUCUGUUCACGUUCCAGAAGCACAUUUUCAGCCCAAUCUUCAUUAUUGGAGCUUUUAUGGCCAUAUUUAUUGCCAGAGGUCUCAACAUUUACCCGCUGUCCUUCCUCCUCAACCUCGGUCGAAGAGACAAGAUCAGGGGAAACAUUCAGCACAUGAUGAUGUUUGCAGGAUUACGCGGGGCGAUGGCAUUUGCCUUAGCCAUCCGGGACACUGCCACCUACGCCCGGCAGAUGAUGUUUACCACUACGCUGCUUAUUGUCUUCUUCACGGUCUGGGUGUUCGGUGGGGGAACCACACCCAUGCUUUCCUGGCUGCACAUCAGAUUUGGAAACGGCAAAAGGUUUCAGGACGAGCGCUGUCGGCACGGAAAGUGGGAAUACUCCAGGGUUGGUGUGGAUCCAGAUCAAGACCUGCAGCCCUCUGCAGACAGCUUCCAAGUCCUCCAGGGGGACGGCACCCGGGAUGAGGGCCAAAGCAAAACCAAACAAGAGAGUGCUUGGCUCUUCAGGCACUGGUAUACAUUCGAUCACAAUUACCUCAAGCCCAUUUUGACACACAGCGGUCCACCUCUCACCUCCACUCUGCCCAGCUACUGCGCCACCAGUCCCCGGGCAUAUGAAAACCAGGAGCAGCUAAGGGACCCCGACACUGACUUGAUGCACAACGACGCCGACCUGACCUUCACGUUUGGUGACACCGCCAUCACAGCCAACGGGGCGUCCACCAGCAGGUCGGAUGCCGCCGGGGGGUCGGGCUGGAGCGCAAAUGGAAAAAGGAGCGGCAGCACAUCAGAGGAGGCCCUGGAGCGGGAGCUGGACUCCCGUGAGCAGGAGCUGCUGAGCCGAGGCACACGCCUGGUUUUCCCCAUGGAGGACCACGUCUGACCCUGCCUGACCACCCGCCCUGUCUGAACUUCCACCUUCCCUGGCCUGACCCCCACCGAGACGAUCUCGCCAUCAGCUCUUUCCAGUUCCAUGCAGGCAGAGUGCCCAGCCCUUCAAAGAUAAGACAGAUCAGAGAGAUGGGAGCUGACAGCAGGGAAGGGUUCAUUGCGACCCGUGGCUCUCUCAAAGCCAGGGAGCAGAGCUCCAGGAGCGUUUCAUCCUCAUUAGAUAGGGAGUUUAUUCCAAAGAAGACACAAUACCCCUGUGGUGUAGAGGGACACUUCUUCAGACCGUGUUCUCUGCAGAAGAAGACAAACGUUUUUGACAGGGCACGGAAAUUGUGUAUACCCCCAACACUGUGGUUGCGCUGGAUAGGAAGCUGGGUCACACUUUGUGAUGUGGCCAGUUUGUCUUCACAGUUUAUCCAUCGGCAUUAACCAACCACAAAAAACAACUUUGACUAAAAGUUCUGGGGUAAAGGUCUACCUGAUGACAUUUACUGAUGAACAACAGUUUCUGGUAGGCUUGUGAAAUCAUUGCUGUUGAGGACUUAAGCAAAGAGGGAAGGCAUUUUCCUCUCAGCCACUUCAACUUUAAGAUGGUUUAAUAAUACUAGCAUGUAAAUAACUACAGUACUGGAAUUUGUUUCUCUUUGGUUGAGGCCAUUAACACUCGGCUGCAGACAGUAUGUGAACAUCUGCUCUUUCAAAUGACCUGGAUCGUGUUUUGUGUUAAAUUGUAUCUCAUGACACAACUUGAUGCCGCUGACGUCUCUAGAUUCCAUUUAGGAAUAAAAAAAGGGCAUGAGGAUUUGCACUCUAACAAGGUUAAUAACCAGCUUACAAAGUGAAGUAAAGAGCUGGCCAUUGUAGCGUUCCAUCUCAGCAUUGUGUACUGAUGUAUUGAAUUUUUUUGAAACGCCUAUUACAGUCGCAAAAUAUAACAAAAUACGCAAUCUUUACAUAGUGGAUAUUAAAAGUUCUAAGUGUUGACGAAUUAUAUUCAUAAGAAGUUAAAUUAUUUUCAGUUUUUUUAGCUUAACAGCUUUUUAGUUGGACCUUUUUGCAAUUGCUGCAGGGUUAACAUUACCGUGAAGACACUUUUUUUUUUCUUCCUUUUAAACUGAUCACUUUAAGACCAAAAAUCUGCAGCAAAUAAAAACCUUCAAACCAAGCUGAGACCAACAAAGGUUUGACACAUAAUGUCCUAAAAACAUUGACUUUUUAGAUUUAUCAGAACGAUGAACUUAAAAUCCAGGAGCUGGGGAAGAGCUAGCUUGAAUUAGCUUAGAAAGCAUCUUUAAUAAUUAACAUGUAGGUAGUUUGUUUCAACUGUAUGCAAAUAUAGACAAAAUUAGUAAGCAGGGUUAGUUUUUGGAUGUUCUUGUACAGAUUUCACAGAAAGUUAAAGUGCUUUAAAGUGGAAACAAGAAUUUUGCAACAGGUUUACCCCUAGCAUGCGACCUAGCUUAAAAUCGGCCUAGUCUUCAACAAGCAGGUUAUGUAACAUUAAAAACAGAACCCAUUGUUAUUUCGGCCUAUAUAAACACAGAUGUUUUGAAGGAAAGAAUAUUCAUUUUAGACUUAUUUUUGAGUUUUUUAAUUUAUUUUUUUAUUAAGGGUUGGGCUGUAGGUUUAAUUUAAGAAAUCUUAGUCCAUUAAACCUUGGUUGAAAAUGAUGUAUCAGGUCAAAAGUGUUAUUCGAAGUAAUGGCUAAAACAAAGCUAGCUGUCUCCCUAUAUUUUCUUUAGACUAAGCUAACCCUGUUAGCCUAAGUAGCUGUACGCGCACGUGGAAAAAGAACAAAAAGGGUCUAUAAGUCUAUAAAUAAAUCUUGUGUAUCUUUUAUAAAUACUAAAAAACAAGACAGUAAAUGUCAAACAGUUGAUUUACAGUUAAUAUAUUUAUGCUAACCUACUAAUUUUUCCUACGAUGUAUUGCUUUUUUUUGCUAACCAAAAGAUGUCCACUAUAAAUAAAUGGAACCAAAUGAUGUUCUUCGGGGCAUUUACAAUGAGAAUGUUCCCCAGUUUGUCAAAUGAAUGCAUGUGGAAUUCAAAAUUGGAUUGUGUUUAAAUUUGGCACAGUGGCUUACUCGUUGCCCAACUCCUACAUCAUUGCUCUGUCAAAACAAAUCCCAAAACAUAACAAAACUCUCAAUACCUUCAUAUAAAUACUCAUUUUAGAUCUCAGAAAAAGAGUUUUCACACUUAAUUUAACAUCUCAGGGCUCCUUUAUACUAUUUUAGCUUACAGUAUAUAAUUACUACUAUAUCUGUUGUGCUUUGAUUGAAUUCUUCCUCCUACGCAUCUUUACUAUCAGCAAAAAAUCAAUCAUAUUUCCAUAUUUUCCUUCUGAAGAUGGGAUGGAGCUUAAAUCUCCUACUUCCCUUAACAAUGUGACCAACAGUUUGUGUUGAUGCACUCUUGGCACUUUACGGCCAGCGUAGGAGCUGGAUGAAGGACAUUAGUUUUCCCUCUUACACCUACGAUAACUAAGCUGCUUCCUGUUUUGUAUUUGCCACACAGCCCCGUGGAGCCCUUUAAAUCCACCUUUCCGACAUCACCAAAUUGUAUUUAUGCAUGAGUACACUGGGGCAAGUGUGAAAGGCAUGACUGUCGGAGUUGAAGCUGAGGCUUUUUACACGAGGGACAGUCUCGAGCAAGUUUUAUGGGCCAACGGGGACCUCCAGGAGGAAAUGAAUCUAGUAAAGUAAGCUGCUGCCAGGCUGUAUACAGAACAGGCCAUUGAAACUCGGCUGUUGGGAGACGCGCUGUGAAGCAGACUAAUGGCAGUCUUCACAGUCUGGAAGUUGUGUGCGCCUGUGAAAGCUUGUAUGUACAAUUUAAAUGGUCGCUUGUUCAUCAUUAUUAAACACUGCGAAUGCUU